CCGUAAAGCACGCCUUGAGAUGUCUGCUCAAUGAGGCACAACUACCUCACCCAGCUGCCAUUUCAAUUACUUGCUUCCUUUUUGAUCGGUUUUCCCAAAAUUCCAGUGGAAAAGGAUGUCCCGCCAGCAGAAGAGCAUCAAUGUGUAUGUGCCGCCGGUCAGCAGUUUUCCGGAGCCCAGUUUGCUGGGCGGCUACGAUCUGCAGGAUCGCAUGGAGCUGCCCAAGCCGGCGGAGGUCCUCGAGGAUGUGCCCGAGGACAGGGAGCCGCACUUCCUCUACGUCAUCGACAGCCGGGGCAGGCUCUUGGAGCACAUCCGGUACUACGGCGACGACUACCGGAUGGCCCUGCGGGAGGCCUUCGCAGCGAAGCUGCUCGACCAUCCCAGUAGUUCACCUGAUUUUGGAAUGGCAACCGGAGCCAAUCGAGAACUGCAGACCGAGGAACCCAGCCAGUUUCACCAAUAAAUAAUUGAGUGCUGCAAUUAAGCCACUUCUCUGCUCAACUGGUUGGGAUUGAAUUCCCGGCACAUUUGGCCACGAUUAUAUUUACGAAUUAAAUUUACGAAUAAAUCAGACAAUUAUCAAAUAUAA